AUGGACGGAGGCAACCAGAGUGGGGACUCUGAGUUCCUCCUCCUGGGACUCUCGGAGGUUCCUGAGCAUCAGCGCAUCCUAUUCUGGACCUUCCUGUCCAUGUACCUGGUCACAGUGGUGGGGAACGUGCUCAUCAUCCUGGCCAUUGGCUCUGACUCGCACCUGCACACUCCCAUGUAUUUCUUCCUGGCCAACCUCUCCUUCACUGACCUCUUCUUUGUCACCAACACUAUCCCCAAGAUGCUGGUGAGCCUUCAAUCCCAGAACAAAGCUAUCUCCUACCCAGGAUGUCUGACACAGCUCUUCUUCCUGGUGUCUUUGGUAGCCUUGGACAAUCUCAUCCUGGCUGUAAUGGCAUAUGACCGUUAUGUGGCCAUCUGUCACCCUCUCCAUUACACUACAACCAUGAGCCCCAAGCUCUGUAUCUUACUGCUCAUCUUGUGUUGGGCCUUAUCUAUCCUCUAUGGCCUCAUCCACACCCUCCUCAUGACCAGAGUAACCUUCUGUGGAUCUCGGAAAAUCCACUACAUCUUCUGCGAAAUGUAUGUCCUGCUGAGGCUUGCAUGCUCUGACACCCACAUCAAUCACAUGAUGCUGAUCGCCACGGGCUGCUUCGUCUUCCUUGUUCCUUUUGGAUUCAUGAUCAUGUCCUAUAUCUGCAUUGUCAGAGCUAUCCUCAAAAUUCCUUCAGCCUCUAACAAGUACAAAGCCUUUUCCACCUGUGCGUCCCAUCUGGCUGUGGUGGCCCUCUUCUAUGGGACACUUUGUAUGGUGUAUCUGAAACCCCUGCACACCUACUCCAUGAAAGACUCAGUAGCCACCGUGAUGUAUGCAGUGGUGACACCCAUGAUGAACCCUUUCAUCUACAGCCUGAGGAACAAGGACAUGCACGGGGCUCUGGGAAGACUGCUAAGGAAGCCACUUCAGAAGCUAACAUGA